AGUUACAGUGCCACCCUCACUUCCACCAGCUACGGUCAAAUAUUCGAUACGGAUAUCACUGUGGGCAAUCAAACGUUUACAGUGCUCGUCGACACUGGCAGCAGCGAUUUAUGGGUGCUAGGCCAAGAUUACAUCUGCCUCGACGAUACCAGCAACGCUACCCUGCCGCGCGAGACAUGCAACUUCGGUACCAAGACAUACACCCCGUCCUCGUCCUUUCAUCAGGUCCCGGACAUGUUUUUUGGAGAGCAGCUCGGGGGAGGACGCGUGUCCGGCGUGCUUGGCACAGAGGUCGUCACGCUCGGCGACCUGACAGUUAAAGAGCAGCACUUCGGCCUCGUGAACAAGACCUCGAACACUGGGGACGGCAUCAACGUCGGCAUUCUGGGGCUCGGUUACCCUUCCAUGACCUCCGGCCAUAAUGGCUCUAUUGUUGGCUUCGACAACACCACUUUUGACUUCAACCGCACCACCUACAAUCCCGUGUUUAACAGCAUGAUUGCCCAAGGCUUGGUCGACCCUUUCUUCAGCAUCGCCCUCGAGCGCACUCCGCUGAACGCGUCAACGGGCCCCGGCGGCUACCUGACGCUCGGUGGCCUCCCGCCCGUGCCGCAUAGCACGAACUUUUCGAGCGCGCCCGUCGAGAUCGCACCCCUGCCCAUCAACUACACAGGCAACAAAGCCCAGCGCUCCUUCUGGUAUAUCACAGUCGACGGCGUAGCAUAUGGCAGCAGCAGCAACGACUCGUCCUCGUCUACAAUAACGACCAACACAACAUCCUUCGGCGCCGUCGUGGACACCGGCAAUUUCUACACCUUCCUCGACGACUCUCUCGCCUCGCAGAUCAACGCCCUCUUUGAUCCGCCCGCGCAGCUGAUACCAGGCUCGGCGCCGGGCACUUGGUCGGUGGCUUGCAACGCGACCGCACCGUCGUUCGGCGUUACCAUCGGUGGCCAGACGUUCUUCCACGACGGACGAGAUCUGAUCUUGAACGCCACUUCGACUUUGCAUACCCAAUCAUGCGUCUCUAGCAUCGUAUCUGACGCUGACGUCUCGUACGGCAACGCAGGAACGAGCGCGAUCCUGGGAGACCCGUUCUUUAAGAAUGUCGUUAGCGUCUUUGACUUUGGGAGGAAUGAGAUGAGGUUUGCC